AUGUCGACUCCUACCAUACCGCCUCGCCCGCAGCGAAGUUCGGCAAAAUCCGAGACUCCCUCUAUCCCGCCGCGUCCUGUCCGCAAGACCGAUCCGUCGCCUGACCGAGAAGCCUUCACUCGAUCUCCGCUGAACUUCCCACCCACCGCAUUGGGAAACACAAAAAAUCUAGCUCCGAGCGGUCGAACGAGUGACGACCUUCCGCGCCGUCCUCCCAGCGUCAGUCUGCCAGAUAUUGGCCAUGAGGGCGACGAAUACUCCAGCUUCGAUCAGCUGCCAGCUGAGGCCCAUGGUGUAUCCGGCGAGCAGACGAAAAAUGUCUCCGCCGAUCUCCCAAUGCACCAGCCCAUAGCUUCGGUGCCGCAAUCCACAGCCAAGAGACAGAUUCAUACCGUAACGAGCACCGACUCCACACAAGCGGCCGCGGCAGGCAUUGGUCGCUCUCGUCCAGCCGAUGAUGUGCAUAAAAUGCCGCCACAGGACGCAGGCGUGUCGAUGCGUCGUGUGACCAGCAAUGAGCCUAGACGCGCGCCGUCGGUGGAGAACCAACUUCGAGCAAAAGCCAGCUUCAACCGCUCUUCCUCAAGCUUGCAGCCCUUGGAGAGGACGACCUCUCGGCCAGGCAGUGUCCACGGCGAUGACUUCGAACACGGCAUUCCGGAAAUUGGACAGCAGAUUCCGUUGAACCGCUGGGCUGGCGAUGCACAGGCCCCUUCGCCGGCAUUGGCACAGCCUCAGCACUCCGCUGGCAUUGGCUUCUUCAACGAUGGAUCCUCGAGAGCUCAUCACAGGAAGAGGAGCUCGCGCCACGAAUUCGGUCCACCCGACAGCUACGGUAUUCGGCACGAUCAAGACCGCCAGGAUCAGUUCGAGCAGGAAUGGAUUCGCAAGCAUCCACAAGAGGCCGCCAAAGAGGGAUUCCACCAUACCCAUCUGCCAAAGCCGGAGACGGCCUUGACCAGUGAACAAUUGAACAGGCUGAUUCAUGGAGAUGCCUCAUAUGCGGCCGCUCUCGCUCCGGGAACGCCUGACGAAGAAAUUGCCUUUGAAACCACCGAAGAAUACCUCUCCCGAACGGGUACGCCGCAGGACGCCGCCACCGAUCGAAAGCAGCGCACGUCCGGCGCCGAGAAGGCGGGCUUUCCUUUGCAAGAAAGGAAAAGCUUGCAUCCAGAGGAUGCUUUGGCCGACGAGGCGCAUGCAUCUCCAAGCAGACGUCAACGACUUUCUCGAGUAGACAUCGACGACGAACACGAGCAUGAGAACCUCGAUGGAGCACCGAUCUUGGCGUCGGAUGAGAUCAUCAAAAGGCCCAGCAGCGCUUUCAUGCAUGCCGCAGUGGUGCCCGAACCACAUCCGGACGAUUACGAUAGCGAUCAUAGUGUGACCGCUCGCAGAAAUAGCAGCCGUCCUUCGAGCCGCCCCAGUUCUGUGCACGGAGCGGCCGUUGUCAACAACUAUACUGGAGGCUCUCUCCACCGAUUUAUUUCUCAUGACGAGCAUCACCACUCCGGACAUGGCACACCACUGGAAGAGAUUGAGGAAUAUGAGCCACUGUUCCCCGAGGAUGAGGAGGAUGGAAAGCAAGUUCGUCAAAAGAUUUUGAAGAAGAGGCCAGACUUGUCGCACCACCACUUUCCCAGUCAGGAUGUAUGGGAAGAUACUCCUGAUUCGCUGCAGUACUCCACGACGGUCUCAACUCCUGACUUAGAACGAACUCAAGAGCAAGCACAAACCACGGGCGCGAGCGCGAGCGCUGUCUUUGAGCCGCCAGAGCAAGAAGAGAAGCGCAAGGCUGAGAAUGAAGACGACAUGUUGAGCGAUAAGAAGACUUUCAUCAAGCCACACUUCAAGCCAGGUGUAUUGGAGGAGUUCCAUCACGAACGUCCAAGUCCACAUCGAUUUCCCAGCUCCGAUGUAUGGGAGGACACGCCUGACAGUGCACGAAUUGAGACGACCGUGAGCGGUCCUCAAGAGGACGAGAUGUUAAGUCCAACGGAUGGCCGCUCAAUGCCAGGAGCAUUCCCAGGCGGCCAAGACGAUGAUGACUCUGGGUCGACCAGCACUGGUCUUCCAGCGAUUCCAUCACGGCCGCAGCGACAAAGUAGACUCGCGCAGGAAGUCAGUCCUGAUGAGGACUCGACUUCUGCAAGGUCACCGGAGAAGACCAAGCCAGCCGUGCCUGCUCGUCCAGCUCGCAUUGGUCAGUCAGAGCAAUCGCGUUCUGCGGAAGAUGGCGACGCUCCUGUGCCUAAGGCGAAACCUGCGGUCCCGGCUCGACCUGGCGGAGAGAAACUCGCAUCAUUGAAGGCUGGCUUCAUGAACGAUCUCAACAAUCGUCUCAAGCUGGGUCCUCAAGGCCCGCCAGCAAAGAAGGAAGAACCCGAAGUCGACGAAGAGGCCGAAAAGGCGCCCCUCGCAGAUGCACGCAAGAGCCGUGCGAAGGGCCCACCUCGACGGAAACCCGCGGCUCCACCUGCUUCGGACCGGAAAUCCUCCGUCACGUUUGCCAUGUCGCCGCUCAUCACUGUCUGGUCGAUUGACGAAGAGGAUGAAGUACAAGUCAAUGACAAGGAGACCGAAGACACGACAGCCCCGACUGGAAAGCCAGUUGAGAUCGCUUUGUCGGAGAAUGCAGAGUUCAAUAUCGACGCUGCCGUGUCGGAUAAAGGACCUCUUUCACCGCAAGAGGUCGCAACCUCGAUCUCAUCUGCCGACCGGCCAGGCACUGCUGCAGGCCAGCAUAGGGGCUCGGCGGCCGAGCUGGAGGCUGCCCUCGCUGCUAUUGGCGCUGGGCCCGCGAAAUUUGAAAGCCGUGACCAAUCCGACGCUGCUGUUAUUGACGGGACGAAUGAUCAAGCAGUCGACACGAGUACACCUUCAAAGAUGGAGGAUGAGUUGUGA